AUGGGGAUUCUCGAGCACGCGGUGCGGCAAUGGGGCGGGGGGGUCGCGAGGCGGCGACCCGCCGCCGCGGCCGCGCGUUCGGCGUCCACGGCUUCCCUUUCCCCGUCGCCGGCGUUCUCAACGGUGCGGUUGGAGGCCAAGGCGCACGCCUUGAUGAUGGAUCUCGCCCGUUUCCACCUCACCCCGACGGAGUUCACGAUGAAUUCGUACAUCGCGGUGUGUGGGGGGUGUGGGGUGAUGCAUCUCGCCGUCGCCGCCGUGGCGGAUUACUUUUCCCGCCAUGAACGACAGCCCUCCGCGGGGAUCUACGCCGCCCUCCUCCAUCACCUCCUUCGCAACGGGCAACCGGAGAAGGCGUUGGCGGUUCUCACCACCAUGCAAAACGUUCCCAUGACGACGGCUCUCCUCAAUGCGGUGCUGCACGCCGCGCGGUACUCCCCCGAUCCGGCGUCGAUCUUCACGUUUUACCGCGCGAUCGUGCGGAGCUCGUCGAGAGAAGGGGUUGCCCGCGCUCCGGCCUCCUCGGCGUCGCGAAUUAACCCCGAUUUGGCGACCUUUUCGAUCCUCCUCGAGGGGAUUUGGGGGGAUUUGCAGACCCACCUCGAAAGCCCUCGCGAAGCAGAAGAGGAGACGGGGGGGCGAAGAAGAAGGGAUCCCCCGGCUCGAGAAACCCUGAAGUGGAGGAACGUGGCGAAUGAACGGCUGGAUUUUCUCCUUGCGGAGAUGCGUGCACUUCGGGUGCGGGGGAAUGGGCAGUUUUUGAAUACAUUGUUGCGCGUGAUGCUGCAGCUCGGCCGCCACGCGGAGGCGCGUGCGCUACGCGCGUCGAUGCGGGCGAAACACGUCAUCGUCUUUGACGAACUACGGGAGGAGGAAGGAAGGGGGUCGAUGCAAAAGACGCCACCCUGCGAACGGCUUGGAACAUAG